AUGCCUCCCAAGAGAACCCUCAAUCGCUCAAACCAGAACAAGCAAGCGGCGGAGAUCAACGCCAUGGCCGACUGCAACUUACCCCGCGACAUCAUGAUCGCCGUCUUGGCGCGGCUGCCGGUGAAAUCUCUCUGCCGCUUCAAAUGCGUAUGCAAACCGUGGCUCCGCCUCGUCUCGAAUCCAGAUUUCGUGAAGAUUCACACGGAUCUGUCGCCGAGAGCGAGAGCCCCCGCCGCCCUAACCCAUCUCCUCACAUGCCCUGUUUUAGGCAUCCUCCCGAACAAGGUCUCCCCCAUAGAAGCCGACCACCCCUACGAAAUCUUCCUCGAUCACUGCAACGGCCUCGUCUGCAUGGGCCACCCCGCGCUCACCGAUCGAGUCGUGCUUUGGAACCCCGCCACCAAUUUCUGGAAAAUUCUCCCACAUUCCGGCGCGAAUUUCGGGGCUGUGAGGAUCGUCUCGCUAGGGUUCGGCUGCAACGCGGAGGGGGAUGAUUUUAAGGUGGUGAGGAUUUCGUGUUUGAAGGGGAAGAAACUGAAGGUUGGUGUCGAGGUUUAUUCAUCCAAAUCGAAUUCAUGGAGAGUAUUGGAUGAUGUGGGAAUCAGGUUUCGAGUUAAGUACCCCAAAAAUCACGUGAUCGUCAAUGGAGAUCCCUAUUGGGACGCUUGCUUCGCGGAGAGAUUAGGCGAAAACGGAGAGGUUGAAGAAGGUUGCGCUCUGCUCGGAUUUGAUUCCACCAACAUGAAAUUCAAGUUUCUGCCAUUGCCGAAUCUCGGCAUUUUGGGGAAAUCGCCGAUUGUCGACUGGGAAGGCUCGAUCGCUCUGCUCCAAUGCGUGAAGAACGACGCCGAUUGCUUGCAACGGAUUGAUUUAUGGUGCUGUGAUGAUGAUGGCAGCGAGUGGAUUGUGAAGAAGAGGUUUGAGGUGAAAUGUGAUGAUUUGAAGGUGGAUCAGUGCCUUGAUUGCUCGAAAUCGGGCAAGAUUGUUGGCGGAUGCAGAGACGGGAGGCUCUUCGUGUUUGAUCCGAAAACGGGUGGUGUCGUCGUGAGCGAGGUGAGGAGGGGGAGAGGGUGCUCGUUCCAGAUAUUCGCCUACGACGAGAGCUUGGCGUGUGUGAAGGGCAUGACGCCGGCUGCUGCGGCUGUGGACGGCAAGGAAGAGAAGCUCGAGUUCAACGACAUUGAUGGCUUCUUCGUCUCCAGCUUCCGCCACAGCAAUGGACAGGUUUCUUGCUUCUAUGCCUUGGCCAAAUGA